ACGGAAGAGGCGCAGAUGCUGGCCUACGCUGUCCUGCACAUCCGGAGUCUGCUGCAGAAGCAGCUCGGAGACAUAAUCGGAAUCCUGGUCAGGACGCAAAUGGAUAUUCAGUUCCGGAUCCGAAGCAUUAUAUCGCAUCCCUUCUUCUCUCGAAACCAAAGAUCGUCGUCUUCGUCCUCACCAUCUCACUCCUCUUCUUACUCGCCUUUCAAAAGUUUCUGUUCCAGAAGGGACUUCGGAGAAUCUCAAGAAAACGGCGAUGAUAAUAAUAAGGGAGACAAGUUUUCAACAGACUGGGACAAGGCAUGGUCAAAUUUCAGGAAGCAAGGGAGGAAAUCACUCUUCUCUCGGUUUUCUCCAGACAAGUAUGUGAGCUGGAAUCCAAGGCGAUCAGAGUUCCCAAUCUCUGAGGAGACUGAUCCGAUCAAAAGAACAGAGAGAUCAAACCUCAUGUUGUGGACUAGUCCUGGCUUCACUUUAGUGGGGGCUAUUAUAAUUGUUUCAUUCCUUUUGUUAUAUACAAUUCUUGCACCAAUCAAGUGAUGUCCUUGGUUUUGUAUCUCACAAGUAAACUAUUGGUUUCACUGAAACUGUAAAUUGCCUAUCAAUGUGACAGCUUAUCUCUUCCUCUUUGUUCCUCUGGUUCAUCCAACUGGAAUCAAUAUUAUCCUCAGUUGUUACUUAACAUUUCACAUUCAGGAUUGGCCCGGAAACAAAAACAAAAAUCAUACUCAGGUAUAUCUGAGUUGGCGAUAGAUCAACCUGAAGUGAAGUGUUGCACCCAGAAAAAGAAAACCUGAAGUGUAGUGACAUUAAGAGAUGCCUGUUGUCCAUGCCCAUCGGCUACCUGCUAAUAUACUUGCUUGAAAUGCUCUGUUGUCCUUCCAAGAUUUUUGUAGCCGCCGGCGUACUUGUUGAUUCUCUCUCAGUCAGCUCUAUUUCCGGGGAUCAAAUAUAUUCGUGCAAGCACGAAAACAUGGCAAAUGUGAUAUGAGGAAAUUUGCCCAAAAGAAAAAAAGAUGACAUAAAGAAAGACUUCAUCAGCGUCAUAUUCUCAACUCUAGUACAGAUAGAGCAAUUGCUGGGUUUAUUUCCAUACCCCAUCGAACACGUAUAACAACGAGUCCAGAAGAAGUGGUAGGUGCUUGAGAGGGAAAAAAAAAAAAAUGAACAAAUGCAAUCAGUAGCUAUCUUGUUCUACGUUAAGAGUUAAGCUACCCAGCGGAAGAUUUUCUCCGUCCAGAUCCAGUGGAGCUUGUUUGAUAGGGCUUAGUAAUAAAUGGAGACUCGUCACGUCGAAGAUAUAUAUCUGGAUUGCUGCUGCAUGUUAUGCCUUCCAGUUUUCGAAUAGCAAAAUCUGAAAAGCCUGUGAAUUUCUUCUGUUUUAAUGAUUAACAAGUUAAAUUGCCUUGCCUUGCA